GCCUGAUGAGUAAUUUUACUCCUUUCAAAAAAGUGUCUAAAUAACCAUUACAACUGCUCAAAAGCUUUGCCAUAAAGCAUGAUAGUCUUUAUUGUAGGAAUUAGGAAUGAUUUCAUGAAUGAAUGAAUUCGAUGAAUGGAGAAACAUCAAGAUAUAUAAAAACAGAAAACCCAAGAUGUMUGGCUUUAAAACCAGAGCCUGAGAAAAUUACAGGAAAGAAAGAAAUUGACUGACUAAAUUGAUGACCACCCCACUAAAAUUGCAAAUUCUACCUCUGCGUUUCGUCUUGCGUGACAUAAGAGUCGUGCAUCGGUAUACAAAAAACAUGGCGGACCUCAGUGGAGUAAAAAAGGAAAGAGUGUUGGUGGUAGGAGCUGGAGUGAUUGGACUAACGACAGCAUUAACACUUGCUGAACACGGGUACAGAGUAAGAAUUUUAGCACGAGAAUUCGUCGCAUGUGAUGAUAAAUCAAAACUAACGUCGCAAGUAGCAGCAGCAUUCUGGGGCAUAAACACGUCUCCUGGCUGCGAAGAAAAGAAAAAGAAUUGGUGUUUAUAUAGCUAUAAAAAGUUCGUCAAACUAGCUGAGAAUCCACAGAAAACAGGAGUGUUUAUAAGGGAACUACUAUUCGUCUAUCCACAUCUGAUUGACAUGGACCCGCACACUAAAGAAACGAAAAGCAAUUUUCAAAAGUACUUGCCUGGAAAUCCCCUUCGUCAUGAUAAAAACCUCUUGAGGGAAAAAGGUCUGUCCUUGGAAUCUGGACUUCAGGACGCCAUGUCGAUACACGUGCCGGUGAUUGAAACAGACAUGUUUAUGUACUGGUUGACUCAACAGUGCAUAUCAAAAGGAAUUGACUUCAUCCAAGGAACCGUCGAUUUCUUAUUAGAAAACUGUGAUUCUCUACGAAGAACACAACGAGCGGACUGUAUUGUCAACUGUACAGGGCUAUCAGCAAGAAAUCUAGUUCAAGAUCACAAUGUUUAUCCCCGUUUAGGCGUGGGCCUAACCUUGCGUAAUGGCGAYAGGAUGUUUCCUGUCCCUGAAAACUGCGCUAUACGUGGCAAAAUCUGGUAUCAAGAUGGUGCUAAAGCUGGAGAGGUCGCCAUCGUACCAAGAGGUGAUCACAGUCUAUGGCUUGGUACGAUGCAGUUAGAAUCAUACGACAAGAACAUCGGUCUUUCACAYCCUKCAGURCARAGAAUGCUUCARGAAUGUCAAACCAUCUAUCCACCKCUUAAAAACAUAAAUCAAGACGACCUUCGUGUAACAGUUGGUAUACGACCCAUGCGUCGAGGAGGCCCACGCGUGGAACGCGACACACGUUACCCUUUCUUAAUUCACAAUUAUGGRCAUGGRCAMUUUGGCGUGAUGGAAUCGUGGGGUUGUGCAAUARACGUAUUUCAUAUUUUACAAAAMUCAUCGUGUUCUAAAUUAUAGGGAUUUGUACCAUAAGUUGGUAUAACAUUAUAAAAUAAUAAUUAUAUAAUAAGAGGUCUUUUAUUAUUCCAAKAUAAAAGUACAUUUCUUUGGUUACAAUAUAAGCGCUAGAUUUAAUUAUAUAAAUAACUCAACAAUAUCUAAAAAUAAGUCUUUUGAUAAAAAYGUUUUGAAAUUUUAUGGUGCGAAGAAUUAUGGGUUUUAUUAAAGUAUUAUCAUAACACAAAUGCAUGUCAAAAAAAUUAGCAACAAUACUAUAAAAUAUAUCAAAGAGGCAGGGCUCCAGCCUCGCACUUUUC